UAAACGAAUAAUUCUCCCAUAAUGCAUUUCGCUCAGAUGGCAGAUGGAAUGGCGCCUUUACUAGUGGAGGCAGAACUGUAAUUCACAACCAUAACAUUCAUUUCCAGACAGCCUGUGCGUAUCCGUGUAUAUUAAAUAUUUGAUUCAUAUUAUUGGGCUGAUCACAGCACGUGUAUGAUGGCUCCGUUCAGCUUGAUGUCAGUCGGUGCUAAUCUUCUGGUGAAGUCUUUCGGUCUGUUCUCGAGUGCAUCUGUUGUGAGGUGUUCAUGUGUAGCUCCAGUGUUAAAGAGUUUUAGCACCACAACCGGGGGCCCACCUAAGAGACCCCUGACAGCAUACAUUACAUAUGUGAAAGAGAUGCAUCCCACCAUCAGCAGACAAAAUCCAGGAGUCAAAAAUGUGGAUAUUGUCCGAAAGUUAGCACAGCAGUGGAAAAUGCUGACUCCUGAACAGAAGCAGCCAUUUCAGGAUGCAUCUUUGGCAUCCAAGGAGCAAUAUAAGCUUGCGGUGGAGAAAUACAAAGCCCAGCUGUCUCCUGCACAGACUGCUGCUCUUGCGAUUGAAAAACGACAAAAAGUGGCCAAACGAAAAGCAAUUAGGAGAAAGAAGGAGUUGAACAGUCUUGGCAAGCCCAAACGCCCCAGGAGCGCCUUCAACAUCUUCAUGUCGGAGCACUUUGAGGAAGCAAAAGGAACUAAUAUGCAGACAAAGAUGAAGUCGCUGAGAGACGACUGGGAGCGUUUCAGUGCAACACAGAAACAAAUGUACAUUCAGCUGGCAGAGGAUGACAAAGUACGUUACAAGAAUGAAAUUAAAUCGUGGGAGGAACACAUGAUAGAGAUUGGAAGGGAAGACCUUGUUCGGAGAAAAGAGAGGAGAGCCAUCAAAGCCAAACCCACUAAAGACAGAAAGAAAUCCAAAGUAACAGUGCUAAAGGCAAAAGCGCCAAAAAAGAAGACUGAAACGGCAGUGAAAAAGACUGUGAAGAGCGCCAAGAAGUGAGAUGAUGUGUAUGACUCUGUUAGACAGAGUGUGCUGUACAAAGGCCAGUUCCGUCCUCAAUAAAAAGCCAGUGCUUUCUGUUAGUAAAGCUGCAUUUAUAUAGUGUUCAAAGCAUGAAGGUUUUAAAACUGUGAAAACUGAGUCCUUUAUGAAGUCUCAUUUUUCAGUAAAUCUUUUUUUUUUUUUUUUCAUUUACUCGUAUCAUGUAAACAAUUGUUAGGUCCUGAGCUAUAUUUCUUUUAAGCUACUCAAGGAUGAAGAAUUCUUGAAGGCAAGUAGAAUUUCUCGACUGGCUAUAAAACUAAGACUGACAUCAGCUUUCAUUUGCUUCUUAGAAUGAGUUUGUAUAUCAUGCUUUAAAAGAGGACACCAUGUUUUGUAUAAUGUCUUUACUUAAAAAAUAAACAUUAACAUUUUUUAUAAAAGCAA